AUGAGCGACCAUCUAAUGCAAAACUGUAUUAGCGAGGAGGCAGAGAGAGCAAGAUAUCAUAUACGUGACAAAUAUGACAAUCUAAAUAUAGAAUUAAGAAACAGCACAAAUGACAAGGUAGACGAGACCAGUCUAGAAAAAAUCAUAGAAUGGGCGGAGGAUAUAGGGGACGACGACAGGGUAGGCGCUCGCUCAACGCAGGCCGCGGAGCUCGCGGAGCGGGAGUCUGCUCUGGUAGCGUCCCAGGCGGAGGAUGGAUUGGGUUCCCUUGGCAGUGGUUCCGAUAGACUAGUGGGUGGCAUCCUAGCCGCGCGAGACAAAGCCCGAUACCGAAAGGUGGGUGGGCAAUAA